UGCAGUCACUUGUUCUACCGAUGCCGGUUCCCAGCAGGCACGUCAAUAUUGGCCGAUCGCAGAGCUGGGAUGCUGCUGGCUGGUACCAGGGCCCCUGGGAGAACACCGAGGCCGCGCGCCCCCCAGGGAGGAGAAGCUCUUUGACGUAUGGCCCUGGAGAGGGGACCUGGUGUGAACCGCCAAUCUACCAAGCGCAGGACGCUGUCCUGCCAGGGCCCGCAGAACCCUACCUGUACCGGGAAGCCUUUUACAAUUCGCUGGCUGCAAGGAAGGGCUCUGCUCCCGACUUUACCCAGGCCGCCGUGAUGUCUGGUCGCCACGCCCUGCUGCCGCGGGAUUACUAUGGCGACCCGACCAGAGGAACUAGGGUGCCCAGGGAGCCACCUUACUAUCRGGACGCAGGUAUCAACCGGCCCAUGCCCAGCUACGGAGUGCUCGGCAGCAGAGUGCCGUGGGAGCAUGUCCAAGGCCAGUUACCUGCCCUGCAGGACACCGGGCACCUGUACCAGGAUCCUGGGGGCAAAAUGAUGUCUCAGGGGCAGCGGCCACAGAGCAGGGCCCCGUCGCCUGGUCGGUAUGGAAGGGAACUGCCGGACACCAGGUUUGGGGCAGAGGGACCUGCCUACCCCCCAAGCCAGGUCUACAACGAUGUUGGCGAAAGACCUGUGGAUUCUGCCCCUGUCAGACAGGUGGCCCCAACAUGCCUGGUCGUGGACCCUGGCUCGGCUGCUCCCUCUGAGAGCAGCACCGGGGUGGCCCCUGGUCCUCUGAGUCGAGGCUAUGGGCCUGCUAGGGACAGCGUCCAGUCUAAAAUGGCUUAUGAGAAUUAUGAAGCUGACCUGUUGGCGUUCCAGGGGCCCCUCAGCAAGAGGAAUGUUGUCCCUGAGUUCCUGGCCCUGCUGCGGGCAGAGGGGCUCACAGAGGCCACUCUGGCGGCCCUGCUGCAGCAAGGCUUUGACUCUCCAGCCGUCCUGGCCACCCUGGAGGAUGCGGAUAUCAAGUCUGUUGCGCCCAACCUGGGCCAGGCUCGAGUCCUGAGCCGCCUGGCCAGCAGCUGCAGGACUGAGAUGCAGUUUCGGAGGCAGGACCAGGCAGGUCCCCUGCCCCGCACACGGUCCAGCAGCUUCAGCCACCGAAGUGAACUGCUGCCCAGUGACUUGGCUUCUCUGGACACCACACCCCUGCAGGCGGCACCCCCCAGGGCCGGAGACCUGGCUCGCCGCCCCUCCAGUGCACCCUCUCAGCAUCUUCUGGAGGCAGCCACCUACUCUGCCCCUGGUGUAGCCCCCCAAGGACCCCAAGUCUCCUCCAACUCUGGGUAUAGCUCUCCUACGCCUUGUACCCUGACCACACGGCUGGGCCCCACAUACCCCUCACAGGCUGGGGCGGCCUUGACUAACCCAGGGCCCUCGACCCCCCUCCACCCAGGCCCCAGAACAGCCUACUCCACCUCGUACACGGUACCCAUGGAAUUGCUGAAGCGGGAGCGCAGCAUGGCCACCUCUCCACUUCCCAGCCCCCACAGCAGCCCCCAGCUCCUGCGGAAGCCUGGGGUCUCCAUGGAGUCAUCUACCCUGACGCCAGUCAGCCAAAGCCUGCACACACCUCAUUCACCAUACCAGAAGGUAGCCCGGCGGACUGGAGCACCCAUCAUCGUGUCCACCAUGCUCACACCGGAGCCAAGUAUCCGCCCCCAGAUCAUGAACGGCCCCCUGCACCCCCGCCCCUUGGUGGCACUGCUGGACGGCAGAGACUGCACCGUGGAGAUGCCCAUCCUAAAGGACCUGGCCACUGUGGCCUUCUGCGAUGCACAGUCCACUCAGGAGAUCCACGAGAAGGUGUUAAAUGAGGCCGUAGGCGCCAUGAUGUACCACACYAUCACCCUCACCAGGGAAGACCUGGAGAAGUUCAAGGCCCUGCGGGUGAUCGUGCGGAUCGGCAGUGGCUAUGACAACGUGGACAUCAAGGCUGCCGGCGAGCUUGGGAUCGCCGUGUGCAACAUCCCGUCUGCAGCUGUGGAAGAGACGGCCGAUUCCACCAUCUGCCAUAUCCUCAACCUGUACCGCCGCAACACGUGGCUGUACCAGGCCCUGCGGGAAGGCACACGGGUACAGAGUGUGGAACAGAUCCGAGAGGUGGCCUCAGGAGCGGCACGAAUCCGUGGGGAGACACUGGGCCUCAUCGGCUUCGGUCGCACGGGGCAGGCGGUUGCUGUUCGAGCCAAGGCCUUUGGAUUCAGCGUCAUAUUUUAUGACCCCUACUUGCAGGAUGGGAUCGAGCGGUCCCUGGGCGUGCAGAGGGUCUACACUCUACAGGACUUGCUGUAUCAGAGCGACUGUGUCUCCUUGCACUGCAAUCUCAAUGAACAUAACCACCACCUCAUCAAUGACUUUACUAUAAAGCAGAUGAGGCAAGGGGCAUUCCUUGUUAAUGCAGCCCGCGGUGGCCUGGUGGACGAGAAGGCCUUGGCGCAGGCCCUUAAGGAGGGCAGGAUACGAGGGGCAGCCCUUGAUGUGCAUGAAUCGGAGCCCUUUAGCUUUGCUCAGGGUCCUUUGAAAGAUGCACCAAAUCUCAUCUGUACCCCCCACACGGCCUGGUAUAGUGAACAAGCAUCACUUGAGAUGAGAGAGGCAGCUGCCACAGAGAUCCGCCGAGCAAUCACAGGUCGCAUCCCAGAAAGCUUAAGAAACUGUGUCAACAAGGAAUUCUUUGUCACAUCAGCUCCUUGGUCAGUAAUAGACCAGCAAGCAAUUCAUCCUGAGCUCAAUGGUGCCACAUACAGGUAUCCGCCGGGCAUAGUAGGCGUGGCUCCGGGAGGACUUCCUGCAGCCAUGGAAGGGAUCAUCCCUGGAGGCAUCCCGGUGACUCACAACCUCCCCACVGUGGCACACCCUUCCCAAGCUCCCUCUCCCAACCAGCCUACAAAACAUGGGGACAAUCGAGAGCACCCCAACGAGCAAUAGCAGAGAAUGCUGAAAGGUAAUCAUUCAGAUAAACUUGGGACCAAGAGACAGUGAAAAUGGAUGAACUAAAAGA